AUGAAAUUUUAUUGCAUCGAAGAGAAUAUUAAGACAUUCUUUUUCAACUAUGGCGGUUUCAUCGCCAGGCACCCGUUGUGGUUCCUAUUCUCACCGAUGUUGCUGGCUGGAGUACUCGGUGUUGGAAUUUCGUUCAUUACAAGUGAGCAGAGCGUAGAGAAUUUAUACACACCGGAGAAUGGGCAGGCGAAAACAGACCGGAAAACAGUGGAAGAGCUUUUUACACAACAUGGCGACAACGACACCUUAGUGACUCGUUUGACAAGUCUUGGUCGAUCGGGGAAAGUAAUCAUACAAAGACAAGAUGGUGGAAACGUUCUGACGGAGACUGUCUUUGAAGAAAUUCUUAAUCUUCAUGAAGAAAUUCUUAAUCUUCAUGGGACGAUGCUACACAACGAUUCGGUGGAUACAUUUUAUUUUGUUGAUCUCUGUGUCAAAUGGAACAAUACUUGUAAUGAAAACGCAAUACUGUCUGUAUACGAUUACAACUCAAGCAUGUUACAGGCGAUCAAUCUGACUUAUCCUGUCUACAAUUCAAACAAAAAGUUUGUAUUUUCUGGUGGAGAGCUGGGAGGAGUGAAGUUCAAAUCUAAUUUAUCGGAUGAAGUACUUUCAGCAGAGGUCAUGCAGUUGUCUUACAUCUUACGGCAUCAAGACAGCAUGGACGACCAACGAAGUGCUCUAUGGGAGGACGAGUUUCUUCAAGUUGUUGAAGCCUUCAAUGCAACUGAGAUAAGAGUAACUCGCCAGGUAUCCAGUACUCUUGAGACAGAGUUAGAUAAAGCCAGCUCCAAUGUCAUCAAAGACUUUAGUAUCACUUUUACUGUGCUGAUUACCUUCAGCAUUUUUUCCUGUGUGAUGUUUGACUGCGUACGGAGCAAGCCUUGGUUGGCCGCUUGUGGGGUGAUAUCUGCCGGCCUAGCUGUGCUCUCAUCGUUCGGUCUGAUGGGUUACAUCGGAGUACCUUACAUCAAUGUGCAAGUUCAGCCCACGUCCCGGGGCCGAGCGGCUGCCGUCCAGCGGGCCAUCAUCCCCCGCGGCCAGACCUCCCCAGACGUGGUUCUUGCUCGUACGAUGUAG